AUGUCCUGCAAUCGGCACCUGCCUAACUUCAAAAAAUUCAUUGUCGGAGUCGUGCUGUGGAAUGUAGGAUUCGCGGUCGUUGUCUAUGCAGCCCACCUGCUCACAUCUGCCCGGAUACGUAGGCCUGCUGUACUCGGUGGUUCUAUGUCCUCGGUAUUAUGCAAUCUCGGGAUUAUCGGCGCAUUAUUGAGCGCUGUCGUCCUUGGAGUGCGAGCGGAAGGCACCCUCGACGAGUACUCAUGGCUGCGAAGUCAUUACACCUCUAGGAGUCGGAGGCUAAGGCAUUCGAGCACGGUUAUUUUCUUGGUCGUGUCGUUACUUGUAUGGCUGCGUAUCGCCAUCCUGCUGAGGCGCGAGAUUUUCCGCGUAAAAGUACAAGAGCUCUUUGAUUCGAGAAGGUGGCAAAGCCCUGUGAUGGUUCUGUACGUUCCGGCGUUACAGCCACUAGCCUUCCUGGCUAUUCCGACCAUGCUGCUUGUUCGAUCGUUACUUCUCACGGCUAGCACGAAAUCAGCUACGUUCCAGGAAGAAAAGCAGACACACGACGGGUGGCUGUUCUAUCUCUUGGGGGCGUUACCGGAGCUGGUGGCUGUGAUGUCGUUUGCCGUACCAGGGCUCGUCCCUGAAAGCCAUGGUUCCUCUGCGGCUGUAGAUGUGGAUAUCGAGAUCAAUGACUUGACAAUGUCACAUCACAACCCGGCAGCUACUCGGACGUUACCUGGGAGGGGAUUAGUAUCAUAG